AUGGCGGGGUGCUGGCUCCUGCCCCUCUGCUGCCUCGUGGCGUCUCUCCUGCCCGCAGCCCUGAGUGCCAACAGAGGAGAAGUCUGCGACUGCAACGGGAUGUCCAGGCAGUGCAUCUUCGACUGGCACCUCCUGAGGGAGACGGGGAACGGGUACCGCUGCCUCAGCUGCCUGGGCAACACGGAGGGCGCCCGCUGCGAGCGCUGCAAGGAGGGCUUCUUCCGCCAGCGGGAGGAAGACUGCUGCCUGCCCUGCCGCUGCCACCCCCAGGGCGCCCUCAGCCCACAGUGCGACAGCGACGGCCGGUGCAGCUGCAAACCUGGCGUGAUGGGCAAGAAGUGCGACCAGUGCCAGCCGGGCUUUGAGUCCCUCUCUGAGUCCGGGUGCCGGAGGAGCGGGCAGAGCCCACAGUGCGAGUGCGACCUGGCUGGCAGCGCAGGGGGCUGCCUCUCCGGCCGCUGUGUCUGCAAGGCGAGCACUACCGGCGAGCGGUGCGAGAGGUGCAAGCGAAACUUCUAUAACUUGGAUGCCAGAAACCCCACGGGAUGCUCCCCCUGCUUUUGCUACGGGCACUCAGCUGCGUGUGUCAGUGCGGACAACCACAGCAUCUACAACAUCACCUCCACCUUCCAGCAAGGUGCCGAAGGCUGGCGAGGUGUUCACGAAAGCGGCUCCCCAGCCCAGCUCCAGUGGUCCCCGCGCCAUCAGGAUGUCUUCAUAGCAGCGCGGAGAUCGGAGCCGAUAUACUUUGUGGCGCCCGCGAAAUUCCUCGGGAACCAGCAGCUGAGCUAUGGCCAGACACUCUCCUUCGAUUACCGCCUGGACCGAGGGGGACGCCAGCCAUCUCCUCACGACGUGGUCCUGGAAGGAGAUGGCCUGAGAAUCAGUGCCCCCUUCUUGCCCCAGGGGAAGGUCCUGCCCUGUGGCGUCAGCCAGACGUACACAUUCAGGUUGGACGAGCACCCAAGCAGCAAAUGGAGCCCGAGGCUGAAUCACUUUGAAUAUCGUAGGCUACUGGGAAACCUGACAGCUCUCUGGAUCCGAGCCACCUUUGGGGAGUACAGCACCGGCUACAUCGACAAUGUCACCCUGGUGUCGGCGCAGCCCGUCACCGGAGUCCCCGCUCCCUGGGUGGAGCGCUGCGAGUGCCCGGCGGAGUACCGGGGGCAGUUCUGCGAGAGAUGUGCCCCCGGCUACCGCAGAGAUGCCCCCGGCCUGGGGCCCUUCAGCAUCUGCGUGCCGUGCAAUUGCCAGGGGGGAGGAAUUUGUGAUCCCGACACCGGUGAAUGCUACUCGGGAGAUGAAAACGUGGCCAAUAGUGUCAGCUGCCCCUUCGGCUUCUACCGAGACCCCCGGCAGCCGCACAGCUGCAGGGCAUGCCCCUGCAGCAACGGCCAAGGCUGCUCGGUGGUGCCAGGCAGCGAGGAGGUCGUCUGUGACCGCUGCCCUCCUGGAGCUGCCGGGGCCAACUGUGAGUACUGUGCAGACGGCUAUUUUGGAGACCCAGCGGCUUCCCGGCCCUGCCAGCCAUGCCGGUGCAAUGGCAACGUGGAACCCAAUGCCGUGGGCAACUGCGACCGCCGGACAGGCGAGUGCCUCAAGUGCAUCUACAACACCGCCGGCUUCUACUGUGACCGCUGCAAAGACGGCUUCUUCGGGAACCCCUUGGCCCCCGAUCCUGCUGACAAGUGCCGAGCCUGUGCCUGCGACUCAGCCGGCGCCGAGCCCCUGAAGUGCGGGAGCGAUGGGAGCUGCAUCUGCAAGCCCGGCUUCGAGGGUCCCAGCUGCGAAGAGAGUGAGUGCCCGGCUUGCUACGGCCAGGUGAAAGCCCAGGUGGACCUGUACCUGCAGCAGCUGGCGGAGCUGGAGCUGCUGUUCUCAGAGGUGCAAGCUGGUGGUGGGGCCGAGACCCAGGAGCUGGAGGGGAGGAUGCAGCUGGCCGAGGAGAUGCUGCGGACGAUCCUCGGGGAAGCCCUGAGCCUGCAAGCCUCUGACAGGUCUCUGGAAAGCCGUGUGGCCAGGAUGAACAGGCAAGGGUCCAGCUCCCAGAGCCGCUUGGAUGAGAUCAAGGCAACGGUGGAGAGGCUGAGGUCUCUUGGGAGCCAGUACGAGAGGCAGGUGCAGGACACCCGGCGGCUGCUCGAGAGAGCCAGGCUGGACCUGGACCGCAGCGGAGCUGCUCUGCGUCGGGUGACCAUUCCCGUUUCAAACCUUCCCGGGGGCUCGAAUCAGUUCUUGAUGCUGGCCCAGGAGGCUCUGAGACUGGCCAACAGCCACGCGCAAGCGGCCAACGCCAUCGAGCAAGCCACGAAGGCGGCGCGGGAGGACGCGCGGCAGGCGCUGGACCUGGUGCGGGCCGCUGCCGGUGGAGAGGCGGCCGCCUCCGGCUCCCUGCUCGGGCUGCUCGGGAAGUACGAGGAGCUGAAGUCGCUGGUUGGAGGCCUGAAGGCUGAGGCUGACGGGAUGGCCUCCGAGGCAGACAAGGCUUAUCAGGGCAGCCUGGUGCUCCUCAGCUCCCUGUCCCGCCUGACGGAGACCGACAUCGGGUCCUUUGAGGGGGAGGCAACCCGGCUGAAGCAGGAUGCUAGUGCUCUCCUGAGCCUGGUGGACACCUACAUGGCACAGUACAGGCAGCUGCAGAGCCGCACGGGGCGCUGGGAGGAAGAAAUCAAGCAGCUCCUGCGAAAGGGAGAGGGCGAGAGAGCGACGCUGACGCAGCUGCUGUCCCGAGCCAACCUCGCCAGGAGCACAGCCCUGCAAGCCAUGAGCGCUGGCAACGCCACCUUCUACGAGGUGGAACAGAUCCUGAAGAGCCUCCGGGAGUUCAACCUGCAAGCAGAUGACAAGAGAAGGGAAGCCGAAGAUGCCAUGAGGAGGCUACUGAUUAUCAGCAAUAUGGUCACUAGCGCCAGGGAGAAGACAGACCGAGCUGAAGCGAUCCUGGGCAGCGCCGCUUCCGAAUCCAAGGCAGCCAGCAGCGCAGCAGGGGAAGCGAAGGAGAUCACCAUGGGGAUCCAGCAGGAGAUCACACAGCUGAAGGUGGAAGCCAACAAGACGGCCGAUGGCGUCCUCGCCCUAGAGAAGGCAGUGGCCGCCCUGCAGCGCGAGGCCAAGGAAGUGGAUGGUGAAUUUGAGAGGAAGCUCUUGGAGGUUGAGGCGGAUGCUACUGUGAUACAGGAGACAGCUCAGGAAGCUCAGAGGGUCCAUGCCAAGGCCGGCCAGGCAGGGGUGGCCGUGCAGGAGACGUUGAGCGCCCUGGAAGAGCUGCUGCGUCUGAUGAACCAACCUGGUGCUGUGGACGAGGAUGGCCUGAAGCAGCUCGAGAUGAACUUUAGCAAAGCCAAAACCAGAAGCAACCAGCUGAAGUAUGAGAUGUCGGAGCUGGAGCAGACAGCCGCGCUGCAGAAGGCCCGGGUGCUGACGCUGGAGAGCAGCAUUGAUGAGAUCCUGGCAGAUAUUAAGAACCUGGAGGAUAUCCAGAAGAGUCUUCCUCCAGGCUGUUACAACACAAAAGCCAUCGAAUUGCCGUGAGUGAGCUCUGGAAAGGCUGCAGCGCCUGCCAGGCUGUGAAGGCAGGAGAGCCUGGCCCAGCUGCCCUCCCCAAACCCGGCAGGACCGGCUGCGUUUGAUUGUGUUGAACUGAUCCUUACCCUCAAGUCCAGCGUGGCGGCUGAAGUUUGCAUCGCCACGCUGGCCCUGGAGAGUCCCUGAUUUUUCAAAGUGGUCCGUCCCUCGGUCA